AUGUCUGAUAAUUUUCAAAAAACUUAUGCUUAUAAUCAUACGGAAAAUAAUGAUAAAAAUAAAAACGACAAGGUAAUCACGUUUAAUUACCAACCUGCACAAUCAUCACAUGUGACAGAAAACAAGAUUGUGGUCUUCGACUAUACGACCAUAGGUAUGCAAAUUAAUCAGAAUCUUAAUUCAUUUGAUAAUUUAAACGCUGAAACAAUAGAUUUGCACAAAUUGAAUAUUUCUUACGAAGAUAUUGUUAAAACGUUUAAAGAAAAACUUAUGACAAAAAUUGUAGACGGUAAAUACGUUAUGAGCGAUAAAGACGCUAUUAAUUUUGACAAAAUGAUAGGAUUAGCGUGUAUUGCUAUGAACGAAUCAGAAAAAAAUAACAAACAAUUAAUAACCAAGAACAGCAUUUUACAGAAUAAAUAUAAAAAUUAUGACUGUUUAGUUAAUGAAUGUAAUAGGCUUAAAUCUGAAAUGGAUCAAAUAAAAAUUAAUCUAUGUUUAGCAUUAAGUCGUAGAUUUAAUGACAAGGAAGAUGUUAUUCAUUUGACCAAUGUUUGCGCUGCGUUAGCUGCACGUGAAAAUGAAUAUUAUAACAUACAAAUGGAAAACGAUAAGUUGAAAUACGUUAUAAAUAAACAACUGAUGGACAUACGCAUGACAACGUUAAAUAAUUAUGAUGAAAUUCUACAAAGCGUAGAGAAGUUAAAAGAAGGACUGCAUAUUAAAGAUCUCAAAAUAUCACAGUUGGGAGACGAGAUAUUAUAUUCGAUUAAUGAAGAAAAAUAUAUGCAACUACAGUUAUUUCAUGAAAAUGUAUUUCAGUUUCCUGAUCAGAACUUUCAUGACGCAUUUGAUUAUACUCAAAAUAAUAACGAACUGUACGAAGGCAAAAUGUUGAUCGCUGAACAAAUCAUCCAAAUCCAAGGAUCUAGCGACGUCGAAUUCGAAGAUCACAAAUUGUGUGACCUCAUCAAUAUGCUUGCAAAAUUGACAACUGAUAAAGAAGAUAAUUUAAAAACAAUUAAUAGAUGUUUAGUUAGAAAUAUUGAAGACAAAAAUCAACAACUAAUAAAAGAAAUUAACGAUUACAAACAAUGGCAGAUAUAUUUGGAAAACGAGAACGAAAAACUAAAUUCUCAAAUAAAAAACAAAAUAAUGGUCCAAACAAUUUUAAUUGGCAAACAAAACGAACAUAACAACCUCAAACAAGAUUAUUUAAAAAUGCAAUUAAUGUACGAUAAGUUAAAAGAGAGAGACGCACACUUAUUAACGUUGCUGGACGAGUGCCGACAACGAUUGAGUGACAGGGAAAUUAAAUGUGUCGAUGACGAUAGCCUAAUUAAAACGCUUCAAUCAAAUAUAAUAGAACAGACCAAUAAAUACGAACUCGUGAAUGCUAAGUACAACAAAGAAAAAGAAAAAUGCCAAAAAAACAAACUUUACACUCAACAAACGAUGGAUGAAUUUACGAACCGGCUCCUCGAAAAACAAACCGAAAUCGCAUUGGUACAAAAUGAGUGUAAUGAUUUGAAACAUCGCAUUAAGUCAGAAAAAGACUAUAAAUUGAAUUUAAAAUGCUAUAUUGUUACAUUAGAUAAUGUGUUGAAAGAAAAAAAGAAAAUCAUACACAAGUUAAAAAUCCAAUACAAACUGCAGCAGCAGCUGCACACAGCAAUGUCGCGGUCAUCUUCGUUGCUAUCCGAUAAUCAUUUGCAUAUUAACAGUAAAUUAAAAUAUCAAAUGGACAUACUACUAGACAAUGUUGGUACCUGGAAAAAUAUUAUAAUCGGUUAUGAGAAAGUGGUGAACAACAUGCAAAACGCCGCCCAGAGACAGUCUAAAAAAAGUAACUAUUGGAUAGAUAAAUAUCAACAUCUCAAAGAUAUUGAAUACAAAGCAACGUUAACGGAAAAUUUAACCAAAGAAAAAGAAGUUAUUCUUUUGCAACACCAAAAUGAGAUUGAAGAUAUAAGAGAGAAAUACAAUCCGAUAAUCGCACACAUGGAGGACACACAGGCUAAUUUGAGAAAUGAAAUUCAGGACUUAAAGGAAAGUUUAAAACUGAAAAAAGCACAUUUAAUGAUAGUUGAAAAAAAUGCAAGUUUUCAACUGUAUGAAUCUCUUAAAACUCAGCAACGAUUGGCUAAAGUCUGUAACAUUGAACAAAUGGAAGGUUUGGUUGAUUACACGUCCAAACUUCAAUCAGAGAAUACGUUUAUGAAAAGACUCAUCGAAAUUCGAAAGGAAAAAAUAAGAUCACUCGAAAACUGUCUCUGUACAGGGACAUCAUUACAUCAAUAA